CUCUUCUACGUAUUACGCGGGAUACGCGUAUGCCCAAAUGGAGCGUUCCGCAGACUUUUUUAAAACGUGGUAACAAAGUCAUGCUGCGUUUAUAUAUGCCCAAACUCAAUAAUACCACAGUAUGUAUAGUUUAAUGGUCAAUACUACUCAUUAAAAAACAGUACAUAGACAUCGUUGCUGUAAACACUCACAAACAGCAUCAAGGUCACUAUCGGGUUGAGGGGAGUUAUAGCUGCAUUGGCCGACAGGGGGCAGACUGACUGAUAACGUAUCGUUACUCUUGAUUCAGUGAAGGAUCGAAGAAGACAUGGACGCGCUGUCCGCCCCAUGAUGCAGCUUCUGACCGCUGCCUCCCGAUAACAACCACCGAGGGUAAGAACUGAACACCAUCAUCAUGUUGAGCGUCGGAUAAAAAAAGGGUUUAAUUGGCAGAAAGCUACGCUGCACUCGUGCUCCUCAAAAAGGGCACAUCGGAGCCAUGGCCAGCGCGCAGUCCGCCGUCACGUUUGCGGUGUGCAUCCUCGUGAUAACGGAGCUGAUACUCGCCAAGAAGGACUACUAUGAUAUCCUGGGACUGGCUAAAGAUGCUACCGAGCGACAGAUUAAAAAAGCUUUCCACAAGCUCGCAAUGAAACAGCACCCCGAUAAGAACAAGAGCCCGGACGCUGAAGUGAGGUUCAGAGAAAUUGCUGAAGCUUAUGAAACGUUAUCAGAUGAAACCAAAAGAAGAGAAUAUGACCAGUUUGGUGACACCUCUGCACUCUUCACUGGGGAGGCGCAAGGCAGACAUCGACAGGGUGCCCACCAACCUUUCAGCUUCAACUUUAAUGACAUUUUUAAGGAUUUUGACAUCUCCAGCCAGAACAGACACGCCCGUCACCAAAGACACUUUAAUGAACACUCCAGGUCCCACAAGGAGCCCCACAGCAGACAUAAGAGACACUUUCAAGGAGGUUUCGGACCCGGUGUCUUUGAUGACAUGUAUGACGACAUAGAGAGGAUGUUUACCUUCGAUGGACACACCAAACAGACUGACAACAAGUUUCACGGUGCAGCAAAACAACACUGUAGAACGGUGACGCAGCGCAGAGGAAAUAUGGUAACCACUUACACAGACUGUACUGCAUCUUAAGAUGCAAUGCGAAAUGACUACUGGUUAAAAUGUGCCUUCACGGCAUACAAUACUGUUGUAUUGGGUAACAAGCCACUUGCUGUGAAAUUUGAGCAGUGACAUUAAUAUCUGACAUUCAGGCACAGAAUGGUUUGAACAGUGACACUCCGUUUACUUAGCUUAGGUCUAAAUCUAAAUAAUUGUUUAGUUUUUUUCAAACUAUUACCUGUGUGUGUGUGCUUAUAGACUUGAACAUGAUUGUAGUAGUUUUUCACUUAUUGUUGAAAUAAGCUGACAGGGAGUAUUUUCUCAGUAUUUUUUUAAGCACCUUCUGUGAUAAUGGAAUUGUACAGUUUGGAAAAAUAAAACAAUCGCACUCAAUUUGACACAUUUCCAUGUCACUUCACCACUAGUUCAGUACUUCCACCCUGUUAUUUUGUACAGUUUUGACUUUCUUUUGUAUAGGUUUCUCCAUUGUGCUUCUCCAAACACAACUGAAGGCAGAAACAAUAGCCAGUGGAGUUUUUGCUUAUAGUUGUUAAAUGGGGAGCAGUGUCCACAAAAAUCUGCAACCAUCCACAUGUUGGCUUGGUAAACUGUUUGUGCUACAUUUUGUUGAAAUAUGUUUGUAAUCUACACUGCCAGUCGUGUUUGUUUUAACAUACUUUACUGAAACAUUUGUGGUUACAUCUUCAUCAUUGUAAUUGUAAAUACUUGUACAAGUUGAGAAAAUGUAUAAGUAAACAGAGAAAUGCUUGUGACCUUUCAAUUAACACAAUUACGUGUGAAGCCCACAAUGUUCUGUUUGUCUUGGUGUUUGUAGUAUUCUGUGCACUUUGUAGUGGCAAAGGACAUCUGGGUUUAGGCCUUCUUUAAUACAAAAAAGUCACGACCAUUUCUGAAUCACACUUUUACUAAUAUUUUCUAGCUGUAGAGAAUGUAAUCUGAAUUUACUUUUACAAUGCUUAACAUGUUACAUGAAAGUCACACAUUUAGGUAUUUAAAAACUGUUGACUGGCAUCUCAGAUAAACUACAAAGAACUUGCAGAGGACCAAUUUAGCUGAAAGCUUACUACAGAAUGUACUCAAGCUUUCAUGACUUCUAAUUGUACUAGUCACAAGGUUCAUUGUUUAUUGCACUUUUGUUAGAAAUACUGCAGUACAGUACUAUACAAUGCUGAUGUAUGUAUAAGAGGAAACAAGCAUCAAUGUUUGAUUCUGUGAGUCUGGUGAUUCACCUCAGAGUUGACUAGAAGAUGAAACUCCCCAGUACAUACUGUUUUCCAUGUGUACAAAAUGUAUUUCCUUGAAUGCUAGUGUUGUAAAUAUAAAAUGGCACUUUCAAUUUUGUAUAAAAAGACAAGAGAUACCUAA